GACCCGGAAAUGAACCUGCUUUCAACGCAGGAGGCCUGAGGGGGGGGGUAAGACGAUGCCUGGGCAGCCGGCAUUGCGGGUCAACGCGGCGUUUGCUGCGCGUUACGGGAAGUACCGGCGCCGGGAGGAGCUGCAGCGGCUGCAGGACAAAUAUGGGGAAGAGGGCGAAGCCUCGAGUUCCGAGUCGGCGUCCAGCGAAGAGGAGGAACUUGACCCCAAACUGGAACGUGAUUUUUAUUCCAUGUUAGGCUUAUUAAAAACAAAGGAUCCCCGAAUUUAUCAAAAGAAUGUCACUUUCUACACUGAGGAAGAUUCUUGCUCAGCCACUGUUUCUAAGAAGACUCACAUAAAGAAGAAAGAAAAACCCAUGUUACUUAAGGAUUAUGAGAGAAAAGUUAUGGUGGAGAAGGCAGGCAAAUAUGAAGAUGAAGAGGAAGAAGAGAUAACAGUUAAAAAGCCACCGACUUAUAUAGAAGAACAGAAGGAGCUGAAGGAGGGCUUCCGAAAAUUUGUGCUAGAAAGUGAUGAAGAAGAAGGUGAUAAUUCUUCAGCUCUACUUCAGAAACGGCUUAAAAGUAAGGAAGAGAAAGAACAUGAGGAAGCAGACUAUAUCAGCUGGUUGAAAGGUCAAAAGAAGCUAGAAGCAGAGAAUGAACUUCAAGAUCUGAUACCAUUGAAAACAUACUGGAAUGAUCCAAAACUGGAUGAAGGAGAGCAGUUUCUGAGAGAUUAUAUCUUAAACCAAGGUUAUAAGGAAGGAAGCAGUGAGGAGGAGGAGGAGGAGGAGGAGCAUCAACAAAAAGGGCUACCUGGGAUCCAGCUGGCUGUUUCAGACUCAUCAGAUGAGGGUGAAUUCUUCUUAAAGAAGCAAGAGGAUUUUGAGCGCAAGUACAACUUUCGUUUUGAGGAACCUGAAGCACAACAGGUAAAAACAUAUCCCCGCAUUAUUGCAACAUCUGUCCGUCGAAAGGAUGAGCACCGCAAAGAGAAGCGCCAAAAAAUACAGGAGCGCAAGAUAAAAGAAAGGGAACAGAAGCAGCAGGAGCUGAAGCACCUGAAGAACCUGAAACGCCAGGAGAUCCUGGAACGGCUAGAGAAGCUGCAUAAGAUCACUGGUAGAGCAGGCAACAGUUUUCAAGAAAGUGACCUGGAAGGAGACUUUGAUCCCCACCUGCACGACCAACUCAUGGAGAAUUAUUUUGGGGAUGUGUACUAUGAAGUUGGUGAGGAAGAGAAACCACAAUUUGAAACUGAAGAAGAAAUUGACGGUGAAUGGAAUUGGGACAAGUGGAUUGGAAGGGAUGAAGGGAUGUGGCAGCAGGAGGAAGAUCACCAACCACACUGCGAGGACCCUGACUUUGUGAUGGAUGCAAAUUAUGACCCCUCCCAGCAACCAACCCAUUCAAAAAGGAAAAAGCAGCUGGAAAUUCCUCUUCUGGGAAAGAAGAAGAGCAAGUCACCAUUUGCAGAAGCCGUCUCGCAGGGGAAGAAGCCAUUUGAUCCUGAAACAAAGACAUUUGAACAAUAUUUGGACGAGUUCUACCACUUGGAAUAUGAGGACCUGAUAGGGGACCUUCCUUGUCGUUUCAAGUACCGCACAGUUGUUCCCUGCAACUACGGACUGUCAACUGACGAGAUUUUGGCUGCUGAUGAUAAAGAAUUGAAUCGCUGGUGUUCUCUACGGAAGACCUGCAUGUACAGAUCAGAAAAAGAAGAGUUGCAGGAGAAGGCAGUCUAUGAGAAGAAAAGCCAAGAUGCUUGGAAGAAGAAACGCGUUCUCAAAUCUCUCCAAACAGGAAUGGAAGAAGAAAAAGAAGGAGAGCAAUUUCAGCCCAAGAAGAAAAAGAAGAGCAGGGAGACCAAGGGUUUUGGGAACUCUUCAAAAGAAACACAGCUGGUUAGUGCCAGCUGUGAGGAGGAAGGACGCUUGUUUCCCAAGACCACAACAGAUUCUGUUACAGGGGAAGAACUUGACGCUCCUGCCUCCGAUGGCUCUCCUUCUCUGCCCCCCAGAAUCCAAAGAUCAAAAAAGAGGGGCAGAAGGGGGUUGGUGUUGGGCACUAAGAUACGAAUGAAAGGCUCAGCGUUCAGUUGCCAGAGGCUCCAAGCCUACGGCCUCAAUCCCAGGGCCUUGCGCUAUCGCCAGCUGCUUCGUGAGAAGAGGCGGAAGAAGCAAUAGGGGGGGGAGGGGCAGUCAUAUUUGGCCCAUCCAGGGACCAAGCAGCCUCAUCUACUUUGAUUUCAGAGUUCAGCCUCCUUUUCCUGGUGUGGAAUCUCCCGCUCAUUAAUAGUGGUUUUAAAAUCUACCACUUUUAUUUUUGGGAAAUUGAUAUUUUAAUGCAUUUGUUGCCUUUAUAUUUUGUAUCAACUUUGAGCCAGGAAUCCUUUGCAGUAGCUAAUCCUGUAUUAUUCCUUUUGAUCACUUCCACUUGCAUACUAGGAGGGCCACUGCUUGUAAAUUACCUUAUUCAUAACUGUGACCAAAUAUUAAAAAAAAAUUUGGGGGGAGAUUGUGAAAUGAAAAUUGA